GAAAUCAGUCACGAUACUAAGAAAUUCCGAUUUGGGCUACCUUCACAAGAUCAUAUAUUAGGAUUACCUGUAGGCCAGCACGUUUACCUUUCUGCAAAAAUCAAUGGUAAUCUGGUGAUUCGAGCCUAUACCCCAGUUUCCAGUGACGAGACAAAAGGUUAUGUUGAUUUAAUUAUAAAGGUCUACCACAAAAAUGUGAAUCCCAAGUUUCCAGAAGGUGGGAAGAUGUCCCAGUACCUAGAUGACAUGAAGAUUGGAGAUAUCAUUGACUUCAGAGGGCCAAAUGGGCUCCUUGUCUAUAAGGGGGCAGGUACCUUUCUCAUCAAGCCUCAUAAGAAGUCUGAAGCAGAGAAAAAGUUUGCAAAGCAUCUUGGGAUGAUAGCUGGAGGAACAGGAAUAACUCCUAUGUUGCAGCUGAUCCGUCAUAUCACAAAUGAUCCUAAGGACUCCACAAAAUGUUACCUUCUUUUUGCUAAUCAGACAGAAAAAGAUAUAUUACUGAGAGCUGAGCUAGAAGACAUUGCUAAGAGGCAUCCUGAUCAGUUCACAUUUUGGUAUACACUGGACAGACCUCCACAAGAUUGGAAGUACAGCUCUGGCUUUGUCACUGCAGACAUGAUUAAAACCCACCUCCCUUCCCCUGGCAGUGAGACACUCAUUCUCAUGUGUGGGCCACCACCUAUGAUUCAGUUUGCGUGUCAGCCCAACCUGGACAAACUUGGCUAUCCCAAGAGCAGUACAUUUUCUUAUUGACACUGAUGUCAUCUGAUACCUUUUCGUAAACAAUGGAGAUUGUGGACCUGAAUCCGUUCCCGAAGAAAGAGGUGAAAGGUCAUCUGAGACUACUGUACCAUCCACAUUCUCUGUUUCUCCUGGGUUAAGAACAGUAUUA